AUGGAGAAAUGGUCUCCCUUCAUAAAGGAAGAAGAAACUCAAAUCUUGUCGCCUCGAGUUGAGGCUGUACUCGCGAAGAUCAAAGAUAUUCGCAAGCUCUGGCCCGGGGAGAAGAUUGUUGUGGUUUCCGAGUUUGUCCUUUUCUUGGACAUCAUUAAGGAAGCAAUUGAACGGCGUAGCAAGACAGAUCCCAAUCUCGGGAUCCGUCUUGCUGAGUACAACGGCCCUGUCAAUCUGGAGGAACGCUCUCGGGUCCAAUAUGCCUUCAACCUACUAACUGGUGGACCAGAAGUUCUUCUGCUUACUGCAGGAGCUGGUGGGGUGGGCCUCAACCUUGCUAGGGGUACGCAUAUGGUUAUCACGGAGCCAUGUUGGACACCUGGUAAAAUUGACCAGGUUAUCGGGCGAGCACAUCGACUCCCUCAGGAGAAGAAAGUCCAUAUAUGGCACAUCAAAACACAUCCGUCUGAAGUCGAACAGGUCAUCGGGCAAGUCCACAGGCUUCACCAGAAGAACAAGAAGACUUCUAGGCCUCAAGCUUGCCAGGGACAUACACAUCAACACUGA